AAAUCAGAUGGUCUGUCCUUUCUUGUGCCUUUUGCAUGGAAACAUCUAUGGGCUGAUCGAGAUUCGUCCUGCACUUUCACUUUCUCUCUCUACAUCUCUCUCUUUCUAGAAAAAAACAGAGUUCCCUUCUCUUUAACCAUUCUCUCUGUAGUCCAAGUUCUUGCCCUGCACAACUGAUUCACGAUUGAAGUUAUACACAAAAAUUUGCACAAGAGGAAAACUAAGGCUAGGUUUGGGCUAAUGGGGGCCUCAAGCUCCAAAAUGGAUGAUGAUAAGGCACUCCAGCUGUGCCGUGAAAGGAAGAAAUUUGUUAAGCAAGCACUUGAUGGGCGAUGCUCUUUAGCAGCUUCUCAUUUUUCAUAUGUCCAGUCACUGAAAAGUACAGGAACAGCUUUGAGAAGAUUCAUGGAACCUGAAGCCCCAAUGGAAUCUUCCUUAGACACUUCCACCAAUGCCACACCAGAGCCACUUGACAAAUCCCUGUCCCAGUUCUCACUAUCUUCACCAUCUGUGUCACGACACACUGAUGCAGCUGAAACCUUUUCUCCAACUCCGUCUCCUCCUAGCUCUAGUAAGUUCCAAGCAAAUCACAUGAAAUUUAGCAGUAGUUCUUCUAAAAAGGUUGAAGAAAAACCACCUGUACCAGUUAUAGGAACAGUAACAUCAUCAGGUACUCCACAUAAUGCUGCUCCUCAUCCCACUGAAAAGUUUGAAAAAUCAGCAUUUGAAGUUUCUUCUCUUCCAGUUGAAACUCCACCAUGGGAUUUUUUUGGUCUCUUUCAUCCUAUUGAUCAUCAAUUUUCUUUUCAAGAAGGGAAGGCCAUGCACCAAGAUAUGGUGGGGAAUGCUGAUGAUAUAUCACGACUUAGGGAGGAGGAAGGAAUUCCUGACUUAGAGGAUGAUGAAAAGGUUUCUUCUCAUGGAAGGGAGGACUCUAUGGACUCUGAAGAUGAAUUUGAUGAUGAGCCUGCCACAGAUACUCUAGUCCAAAGAUUUGAAAAUUUUAAUAGAGUUAAUGAUCAUAUUAAAGCCAAUGCCUUACCUGCCACAGAUAAACCUUCAAAGGGUGAUUCUGCUUCUGAAGUUGAACUUGUGAAUGGGGAGAAGGGGAACUCUCCUGUUGUAUCACCAUUAAAGACGGCUUCUACAGAAGUUUCGCAUCUAACUGUAACAGAUAAAACGAAGGAGAAAGAAAACCACAGUGAAAAAGUUGUUCCUAAGCAUUUCUUUUCAAGCAUGAAAGAUAUUGAAUUCCUCUUUGUUAAAGCCUCUGAAUCUGGUAAAGAGGUUCCAAGAAUGCUUGAAGCAAAUAAGUUGCACUUUCGUCCUCUAUUUCCGGCAAAAGAAAAUUGUUCACUGGCACCCUCAUUUUUGAAGGCAUGUUUCUCAUGCGGGGAAGACCCUAGUAAACUUCCUGAAGAACCUGCUCAAAACUCGGUUAAGUACUUAACUUGGCAUAGGACAAUGUCAUCUCGAUCCUAUUCAUCCACAAACCCUCCAGGAGCAAACUCAAGAGCUGAUGUAGAAGACGUUACAAAUAAUCUCUUUGAUAAUUUCUGCAUGAUCUCUGGAAGUCAUGCGUCAACCUUGGAUAGAUUAUAUGCAUGGGAAAGAAAACUCUAUGAUGAAGUCAAGGCUAGUGAUAUGAUCCGAAAGGAAUAUGACAUGAAGUGUAAAUUCUUACGGAAUCUGGAAUCAAAAGGAGAAAAGACUUCUAGAAUUGAUAAAACGCGCGCUGUAGUCAAGGAUCUGCAUUCAGGAAUUAGAAUUACAAUUCUUAGGAUAGACUCUAUAUCAAAGAGGAUUGAGGAAUUGCGGGACAAAGAGCUUCAGCCUCAACUUGAGGAGUUGAUUGAUGGGUUAAGUCGGAUGUGGGAAGUGAUGUUUGAGUGCCACAAGCUUCAGUUUCAGAUAAUGUCAACUGUGUAUAACAACAGCCAUGCUAGAAUUGCCACACACUCUGAAUUACGUAGACAAAUUACUUCCUAUCUUGAAAGUGAGCUCCAUUUUCUAUCCUCUAGUUUUACCAAGUGGAUUGGAGCUCAGAAAUUCUAUCUGGAGGCCAUAAAUGGAUGGCUGCACAAAUGUGUUUCUCUUAAACAAAAGCCAGGCAAGAAAAAGAGACCCCAACGUCCACUCCUAAGAAUGUAUGGUCCUCCAAUAUAUGCCACCUGUGAAAUCUGGUUGGAAAAGCUCGGUGAAUUACCCAUCCAGGAUGUUGUGGAUUCUAUGAAGAGUUUAGCAGGUGAAAUUGCCCGGUUCUUACCGCGUCAAGAGAAGAACCACAGUAAAGGUGCAAAUCAACCCCAUAUAACAUCUUGGAAUGCUCAUAUCCGCAGCGAAUCAUCGGAUAAUCUAUUGAGAGAUGACACAUUAGAGGACUGGGAUUCAGGUUUUGAUCAAUUUCGUGCAAGCUUUCUCGGAUUUCUUGCUCAAUUAAAUAAUUUUUCCAGGUCUUCGGUCAUGAUGUACACUGAUCUUAGACAAGCCAUUCAGAUUGCCAAGAAGAAUUAUCAUCAAAGAUCUAAUUCUCAGGCUCAAGAUGGUCAGUGGAAUUCUCACUCUCCAGAUGAAAAUCCCAAGUCUCAAUCUCUAGACGAUAAUUUCAAGUCUCAAUCUAAAGUGGCCAAUUCUGAAAAGAAAAGCCCAAAACAAUAAGUAAAGGGUUGCAUUAAAUAUGGUGGAGUUGCAGCAUUAUAGGUUUAUGUUGAACUCGUGAAUGUUGAGUUUCAUACAAGUCCAUUGGAUGCAGCAUUUGUACAUGAAAGCAAAGAAAAGGAAGGAAUAAAGUAUAUUUACAGGAUGACCAUACUUUAUAUGAUAGUUUUUCAUCUUUUCUAUAAUACAAGACAGUGGUUACAGGUUAGGAAAAGCUCUAAUUACUAGGUUCUGAUGAUGUGUUAUGAAUGCAAAGAGAAGGAACUUGUGAAGUGUCAUUUUUGUAUACAAAGUGUCAUAUAUAGGACUUUUUAUUUUCUUUGCCAAUGUAAUUUAAAUUUGUCAUAUCCAUGAGUAUAGGUUGAGGUUUAUUUGAAUUUUGUGAUGGAAUACUGACAAAGUCCCUUGGGUUUCAUACAGCUGUUAAGUCAA